GUGAUAGCUAAACAUGACCUGCCAGCUAAUCAGUGGCCAAAACUGCUUGUUUUCCUUCAACAACACAUCAAGUCAGAUCAACCACUACAGAGAGAGAUGGGCAUGUUUCUCCUAAGCUCCAUCACAGAAUCAGCCAAUGAACAGCUACGUCCUCAUUUCACCUCCCUCUUCCAACUUUUCUCCAGUACAUUAGAAGACCAACAAAGUAAACUGGUACCAUUUUACACUAUAAGAGCAUUGACAUGCCUCAUUGAAUGUGUCGGAACAGAUGAAAUUCCUUUAGUUAGACCUCUUAUACCAAAAGUUGUGGCAUUCAUCAAUCAAAUCUUAUCCAUAGAUGAGGAUAAAGCGUGUGAUGCAAUGGAAAUAUUUGAUGAACUGGUUGAGUCUGAAGUCAGUAUUGUGACUCCUCAUUUAAAAGCAUUGGUUGAGUUCUGUCUUCAGAUAGCUAGUAAUUCAUCUUGUGGAGACAACUUGAGAAUAAAAGCUCUUUACUUUGUAAGCUGGCUGGCAAGAAUCAAACCCAAGGCACUGGUGAAGAACAAGCUUCUCUUGCCAACCUUGUCCGUCGUGUUUCCUCUUAUGGCUUCACCACCAAGUGAAGAUGAUGAUUUUGAUGAUGAAGACGAAGAUGAUGAGGUGGAGGAAGGAACAGAAGCAAGCAGACCUUGUGCAGUGGCUUCACAGGUAAAAUGCAAUGUGAAACUUAACUUGGACAGAACUUCCACAAAACAUGACUGUUUAAUAAGUUGUUUUCAAUCUUACCUUCAGAUGCAGUUUGUGCAGCCAGCUCUUGGAAGUGAAGACCCUUAUAAGAGGAAGGCAGCACUAAUAGCUCUGGCAGUGCUUGCUGAGGGAUGUGCAGACUACAUCAGAAACAGGUUGGUAAGUUUAGGACAGUUUUCACUUGAUUCUAGUCAGAAGCACGUGAAGAUGUCGACCCACUAUGCGAGUGAGGACGACCCUAGUUUUCUAUUGGAAGAUCAAGACUUAGGAGAAGAAGAUGAUGAUGAUGAAGUAACUGGGUAUAGUGUAGAAAAUGCUUAUCUGGAAGAGAAAGAAGACACUUGUAAUGCUCUGGGGGAGAUCUCAGAAAACUCAGGAACAGAAUUUCUACCGUACUUAGACGAAUCAUUUAAAGAAGUAUUAAAACUUAUCCAGUUUCCCCACACAGGGGUAAGGAAGGGAGCUGUGAUGGCGUUAGGUCAGUUCUGCAGUGGAUUCCAUUCUCUUCUUGAAGAAGCUGGUGCAGAGGAUAAAACAGCGUUGCAACGUAUGCUUGGCACAGCAAUACCAACCUUUAUCACCGUUAUAACGAAGGACAAGGACAGAUCUGUUGCCAUGGCAACACUGCAGUCGCUCAAUGAAGUCCUAAAGGCAGUCAAGUCUUUAAUCGUUGAUGAACAGGGACACCCUGACGCCAUUGCUAAUGCCGCGAGAUCGGUACUCAUGCAGAAGACUGCUUGUCAACAAGGUGAUGAUGAUGACAUAGAUGAUUCAGACCAGCAAGCAGAGUUUGAUGCAAUGUUAAUUGAGUAUGCCGGGGACAUUCUUCCGUCCUUGGCUACUGCUGUAGGCGGACAAAUCUUCGCACCGUACUUUGCAGGAUUUUUGCCCCUGUUACUCAAGAAAACUAGAAAAUCCUGUUCAGUUUCUGACAAAUCGUUUGCUAUUGGAACAAUAUCAGAGGUACUGCUCGCCAUGGCCCACGCAAUAGUUCCCUUUGUCCAGCAUCUGUUCCCAGUUUUUAUGACGUCACUCAAAGAUGAGGAUGAUGAAGUGAGAAGCAACGCAAUCUAUGGCCUUGGUCUUCUUGCUUUCUAUGGUGGAGAUCUUAUUACGCCUCAUUACCAGACUAUUCUAGAAGCUCUGUUUGUGAUCCUGUCCCAGAACCAACCUCCCCGUGUUGUCGACAACAUCUGUGGCGCUGUCAGUAGGAUGGUAAUGGCCAAUAGGAAUUCUCUUCCCUUGGAGAAGGUUUUUCCAGGAUUGUUGCAGUGUCUCCCUUUAAAAGAAGACUUUGAAGAAAACCAUCCUGUCUAUUCAUGCAUCAUGGAGCUAUUUAGCGAUCAGCAUCCCCUCAUCAGGCAGUAUCUACCACAGCUUCUAGCAGUGUUUUCACAAGUGCUACCCUCUGGCAGUUUACAAGAUGGUAUUCGCUCAGGAGUCGUUAGUAUGAUACAGAAGAUUCAUCAACAAUCUCCUCAAAGAUUCCAGAACAUUCUGGCAGAAAUGCCUCAAGAGCAUGCUCAGGUGCUGAUGGCCGCUGCUACUGCGCAGGCUCCUGGUUGACAGCAUUUCACAACGUUGCUCAGUGCUAACUUAUCGUUGGCAAGGUCAAGAUUAUCGAUGGUGAAAGACAACGCCUUCGUGUCUUCAGAACCCACUUCUUGUUGACUUAUUAGCAGGGAUGUCUGCAAAGAAAACAGAACGUGAAUGCAGCUGAAUGCAUCAUGAUUAUCUAUGAUGCUUACACAACGUACUACGUGACUUACAUCCCAAUCUCAAGUUGCGGCCGCACAAACAAUAAAGCAAAAAUGAAAACUGGGAUGAAAAAUAAAACCUGAAAAUAUCGCUUGGUAGAUUUAGCAGGCUGAUGUAAAUGCUACUCUCACGUUUGCAUCGGUAAAUACACAGGUAGUUUUAAAUUCCUUCAUAAAAAAAUGUUGCCAAAUGUCAUGCGAUACAACCGUGUUAUAGCGUAACAAGAGAUUAUGAUCCCCUUGAGCUUAAUUAACCAAUCAUUGCUCGCGUUAUAUAGUCAUUAUUUCAGUUGUAAAAGAUUGCAGAAGGGAACUUUAUUGCUAGAAUUGAGAAAUGAUGCUGCCGCCUGAAAAUAUAUAUUUAUGCUAAGAGUGGUCAUCUGAUAGCACAGAAGGGAAGGAAACUGUCCUUUCCAAAAACGCCGUAAUGUGUCCUCAAGGAGGGCUUGAUAGAAUACAAGGGAAGCAUAUUUUAACAUUACUACCACAAAAACAAUAAUGUUUUAAAAUGAAGUAUGCGAGCACUAUGUGGUCACAAACUGGUCAAAAUCUAUCUUUACUUGGAAUAAUUAAAUUUCGUUCCCGAAGUAAAGAAAAGAGAGAAUGAGAAAUCCGAAACUGUUAAAAUGAUAGAUCGAUAUAAAUAAGACUAGAUAAGGAAAAAUUAACGAAUAAAAUUGAUCCAUGUGAAA